CGGGAACGAGUAACAAAGAGCCGCGUCCCCUUUAAACGCCUCCCCCCCGCCGCCCCCCCACGUGGUGUAGGGCAAGGGCGGGGAUUCCGCUGUGCGUCAUUUCCGCUUCUCUCGUGGUGCAGAGGAGCCGCGCGUCGAGCAAGACAAUGCCUAAGUCAAAGGAACUUGUGUCUUCAAGCUCAUCUGCCAGUGAUUCAGAUAGUGAAGUUGACAAAAAGGCAAAGCGGAAAAAGCAAGCAGCUCCAGAAAAGCCUGUAAAGAAACAAAAGACUGGUGAAAGUUCAAAAGGUGCAGCUUCUUCUAAGCAAAGCAGUAACAGAGAUGAGAAUAUGUUUCAGAUUGGCAAAAUGAGGUAUGUCAGUGUUCGUGACUUUAAAGGGAAAGUCUUAAUUGAUAUUAGAGAAUAUUGGAUGGAUCAAGAAGGUGAAAUGAAGCCUGGCAGAAAAGGUAUUUCUUUAAAUCCAGAACAGUGGAACCAGCUGAAGGAACAGAUUUCUGAUAUUGAUGAUGCAGUAAGAAAACUGUAAAGACAGAGCCAUACAGAAACGUUUAUCAUUUUAGUUGUUUUAAGCAGUCUUUUUACAUUGGCUUUUGUUUUCUAAAAUAUUGUUUUCCAAGCUAUUGUAUAUUUGGAUUGCAAAACAAUUUGUAAGAUGAAUACUUUUUUUAUGUGCAUUAAAAGUGUAUUCUGAGUGAG